AUGAGCUCCAGCCUCGCGGCCACCUUCGACUUCCCCGCCUCCCCUUCCGCCUUCCCCUCCGCCUUCCCCUCCGGCUUCCCUUCCGCCUCCCCUUCCGCCUCCGCGUGGCCUCACGUGUCCCAGAUUCCUCCGGUUGACUCGAUUCUAUGGCCGUCCGAUGCCGCGCGAUUCGACACAACCGGCGGAGAAUCGUUUUCCGCGUUUCACUGCGGACUUCCCGCUGAAGGGGGAGCUGCUAGUGGUACCGCGGCAGCCAACGUGGCGCUUGGGGAUUGGUUGAAAAAGGCAGCGGCAUCAACAGCGGUUGAAACGGCACCAAAGGUGGAGGGGCGGAAGCAGCGGCAGUCGCUGCUGCAGCAAUGGUUUCACGAUGCUCCUCAUGGGCUCAUUCCUCCCGCCUUCCCUGAAUUCAACCGAACCAGCCAAGUCAACGGAGUCAACGCCGGAUUCAACGCAGUCAAUGCUGUCAACGCGUUCAUUGCAUCGAGCAGAGUCAACACGGUCAACAUGGACAACACAGUGCAUGCAGUCAACGUGGUCAACUCAGUCAGUGUGGUAACUGGCGGUGACUAUUUUGAAUCCGAACCAGCUGAUGCCAGCCUCAGACUCCGAGCCUCAGAGUCAGCUCCGGACUUGGAAUCCGAGCCUGCAGCCUCGGUUGAGCCUCUGAAAGCCAACGCCUGUGGACACGCAAUUCCAGCAGCACAGGAGAGGGAGGUGCAAGUGGGGGAGGCCCAAGUGGGGGCGGUGCAAGUGGGGGUGGAGAUGGGGGAGGUGUUGAGGCGGCCAGUGGAGGACAUUCGGCGGGAGUGGCUUCUGCUGAAGAAGGAGAUAGGCACGGGGCAGUACGGUGUGAUUCGGAGAUGCGUGCACCGCAGCACUGGGGAGAUCGCUGCCUGCAAGAGCAUCCGGAAAUCCGCGUUCCAGAGUGCUGCUGACGUGGAGGCAGUGCGGAACGAGGUGGCAUUCAUGGAGGAACUCAAAGGCCAUGCCAACAUCAUUCGGAUCAAGCAGGCUGUGGAGACAAACAGGCACGUGCACGUGGUGAUGGAGCUCUGUGAGGGGGGAGACCUGUUUGACCGCAUUGACUCGCACGGAAGGCUCUCGGAACCUUCCGCAGCGCACAUCCUCCGAUCGCUCAUGCUGGCCUUGCAGCACUGCCACUCGCAUGGCAUCGUGCACCCCGCGACGCGUUCAGAUCAGAUGGCCAGCUUGAAGCUCUACGGAAUGGGCUACUCGCCCUUCGUCCGCCGCGUCUUGCUCACGCUGCACGAACUCGGCAUUGAGGACUACGAGUGGGAGCAGGUGAACGCCCCCAAGGGCGAGGCGCGCACGCCCGCGUUCCUCGCGAAGCAGCCCUUCGGGAAGGUGCCUCUGCUCGAAGACGACGGCGAGUGCAUCUGGGAGUCUCGAGCCAUCAUGCGCUAUCUCGCCGACAAGUACGGCGCGGAACGCGGAGUCAACCUGCUGGGGAAGGACGCGUUGGAGCGAGGCCGCGUGAACCAGUGGAUCGAGACGGAGGUCAACGCUUUCUCGCCCGAGGCGAUGGCGAUUGCGUUUGAGAGAGUCUUUAAGAGGUUUCUGAAGAUUGGCGAGCCUGACGAGGAGAAGGUUGCUGCGGCGACGAAUAAGCUGGAGAAGAUUCUCGAUAUUUACGAAAAGCAUCUCGAGGGGCGUGCGUAUCUGGUGGGCGACUCGUUCACACUUGCAGAUCUGACACAUCUGCCAGUCAUCGAGCUUCUCCAAGCGGCGGGAGUUGGAGAUUUGAUUGAUUCCCGCCCAAAUCUGAAGGCGUGGCUCAGCCGCCUGUUCUCCCGCACCGUGUGGAAGAAGAUGAAUGAGGUCGCGCCGCUUCCCACACUUUGA